AUGGUUCAGGAUCAGAUUGCCCUUACUAUUCUGAUCCUGUCAGUAUCGCAAGAAGUUGGUUGUAAUCUUGUCGGCCUUACAUCCUCUCAUCAAGUAUGGGCAACAUUGGCAACCCUCUUUGACUCCCACACAAUUGCCCAAGAGGACUUCAUCGAGCAACAAUGGCGCGACAUCAAAAAAGGAGACACACCUAUGAUUGAGUAUCUCAAGAAUGUGAAGCAACUGGCGACGCAAUUUUCUCUAAUUGGGAAACCAAUUAUGCCACUACAGUUGAAUCGGAGAAUCACCACUGGUUUGGGUAAUGACUGGGAACCUCUUAUCCGAGCUCUCGCUCCAUCUCUAAGCACCAUGAGCACUAAUGAUAUGUCUGCUCUUUUGCUCAAUCAAGAGGCUCGCUGUAAAUAUGCUACAUCAAUCGAGAUGACACCUCCUCUCUCGGGCUUGCUCGGACCUACCCCAGCUACUGCAAACUUUGUUGAGGGAAAGGGUCGAUCGAAUAGCAGUCGCGGCGCCUCGGGGCAUGGAGGACAUUAUCGGGGUCAAAACAAAGGGAGAGGAAAUCCUAAUUAUGGCAGUUCCCCUCUCAACUCAACUGGAUUUUUUAACCCAAAUGGAGACGGAUUUCCUAAUCAAAUGAGUUUAUUCAAUCAGCAUAGGCCCAUUUACAAAGGAGGCCCGACGCAAGGAUUUCACGCUGAGCCAUCUCAUGCCCAGACAAACACUGCUCACGGAACUCGCUCUAAUGAUCACGACUUAGACUGGUAUAUUGACUCGGGUGCCACUCAUCACGUCACAGCGGACUUAGCCAAUCUCAAUAUUCAAGCGGAUCAUCCUAGUACUGAUCAACUCCACAUUGGUGAUGGUUCAGAUAACUCAUGCUUCUUUGAACUGCAUCCGCAUCAUUUUUCCAUUAAGGAUCUUCGCACGCGCCAGGAGCUUCUACGCGGCACACUUAAGGAUGGCCUCUACUGCUUACAACCCAGGGAUCGGCGCCUUUCCAUAGCUCAUGCCUUCCUGACCAUGUCUCAAUCAAGCAUUCUUUGGCAUCAACAAUUGGGUCACCCUGCUUUUCCAAUUAUUCAGCGUAUUUCAAAGUGUUCCUUCUAUAAAAAUCAUGUUCCUUAUGUUUGUGCUUCUUGUCAAUUAGGUAAAAUUUUCCAACUUUCCUUUCCACUAACGCAUAAUAAAACAUAUGUUCCUUUGGCUCUUAUUCAUACUGAUGUUUAG